AACAAAAUGACUUAUUAUUCUCGUUUCUUAAAACCAUUAAGACUAUGAUUUGGAGAGUAUUAGUGAACUGGUUUAUUAUUUGGUUAUUUGUAGUACAAUAUACAAAUGCUAGAGAAACUUCUUCUACUCAGGAUAGAAAUCGUCAUAAUUACAGUCAUCUUAGUUAUGGAAAUGCACUAAAUGAAUUAGUCCGACAAAUAGAAGAGAUUGAAAAUGAGAAUUCAGGAAAUCAGUACAUUUACAAUGGAAUAUUAACCGGUACAUGUGUUGUUUUACUGAUUUGGAUAAAUUUGAAAUAAAUGGUAAAAACAGGUGUGUUUUUAUUUACUUUCGAAGUAUUCUGCUAAUCUAUGUAUUUUUUUCUGAAUAAAAAUGCAUGUCAAGUCAAA